AUGGCGACCCCCGCCGACAGCGUGAUCCUCGAGGAGGAAAUCGAUGAAAACUACGAGCCCACUCAUGACGAGAUGAUCGAUUACGCCAAAUGGCUCGGCAUGGACCUCGAAACGGAGAAAGACUUGAUGUGGAUCGCGCGCGAGGGGCUCAAGGCGCCGCUUCCGGAGCACUGGAAACCGUGCAAGGCUCCAGACACCGGCGACAUCUACUACUUCAACUUCCAAACCGGCGAGAGCGUCUGGGACCACCCGUGCGACGAGUAUUACAAGAACCUGUACGCGACGGAGAAGGCGAACCUGGAGAGGCGCCGCGCCGCCGAACGUGAGCGCCCCGCCAGCGCCGCGGCGGGCGCACGACCGACCACCGCGGGCGUCGUUCGGCCCGGCACCGCCGCGGGCAUCCGACCAGUCACCGCCGGGCCGGCUGGAGCUAACCCGCUGGACAGGCAGAGGCUGGGCUCGCUCGCGCCCCUCGGCGGAUCGCUCGCGCCGUUGAGCCGACCGAUCACCGCGGCGAGGCCGCUCGGGGGCGAGCCGGCGUCGGCGAUGCGCCCCGACGAGUCCGACAGCGGAAGCGAGGGGUCGCGCGGAGGGUUCGGCGGGAUCGACUCGCCGUCCGCCGCCGGCGGCUCCGAGUCGACGAACGUGUGGAAGUUGGAAGAGGACGCCGACGACGACGCCGCGAGGGAGGCGUACAAGGUCAAGCUCACCACCGCGAGGGAGGCGUGGGAGAACGAGAUGGACAAGGAGGACGCCGCCGCUCGCAGGCGAAGGGAAUUGGAACGAGACAAGGAACAACUCCGGCUGGACCAGGAGGAGGCGAAGAUCCGGCGGGAGAUGGAGGAGAAAUUCGAGCGCCUGGCGAUCGAACUGAAGAAGGCGGCGAAGCGACGCGAAGAGGAGGCGGAGGUGGAGGCCACCGCGCUCGAGAAGGAGGCGACCGAGCGUAAGGCCAAGGCUGAGGAGAUGAUGCGCGAAGCGACGGAGAAAAUCGCAGACGCAAAGGCGAAAUCCGCCGCCGCCGCCGCGCUCGUCGCGGAUGCGGAGGAAACGAGGCACGCGAAGGAGCGCGCCGUUCGGUUCCUCGACGCCGAGAAUGAGCGUAUCACGGAAGAGGAGGAGGGGAAAAUUCGCGCGGAGAUGGAGCCGCAGAUUGCGGCGUUGCGAGCGAAGCUCGACGCCGAGCGAGAGGAGCUCAAAAAACAAAUCGCCGCCGCCGCCGAGGAAACGUCCAAGGCCAAGUCGCGCGACGACGGGAGCCGCGUCGCCGCGCUCAUGUCAGCGACGGAGCACCUGACGGACCCGAAGAUCGAGGAGAUGUACGCCACCGCCGCGGAGGCCUCGAGCGUCAGGCGCAUCGAGAUGGCGGAGGCGAGGGCCCAGGCGGCGGAGGACGCCGCUCGGUCGCGCAUCUCGCUCGCGGAAGAGGCGGUGGUCAAAGCGGACCGGGAGGCGAUGGCGGCAAUCGAGGCGUCAAGGGCGCAGACGCGGGAGGCGGAGGAUGGAGCCCUCGCGAUGGAGCCGUACGGGGAGGACUCAAGUGGGAGGAGACGGCGCGGAGGCGGCGUCGGGCGAUCAUCCGGGGACGCAUCGAGUUUCGCGAGUUUCGGGUCGGCUGCUUCCGACGGGGACUCGGAGUCCGACGGUGGUUUCGAGUCGCUUCGAGGCGACGACGAGGCGACUAUCGAGAGGUACGACCCGGACGAGAACCCGGCGAUCGCGUCCCCCGGGGGCAAGAUGGCGGUUUCCUCCCUGCGCGCGGCUGUGGCUGCGGGCGACGACGACGCGCUCCUCGCUCGAGCCGAGGAGUUUCUUAAGGUCCAGAAGCGCCUCGCGGGGGCUAAAAGACAGGCGCUUCAACGCGCAAGCUCGGAGUGGCGCGCCGCCGAGAAGGCGCUCAUGGACCCACGGAUGGACGAGGACCUUCGCGAGCGGCGCGGUGCGAUGGUACGCGCCAUACGCGCCGCCCUCGACGUGUCGAUGUCCGCGUUCACCGCGGAGAUGCGGGUGACGCGAGCGCUACGAGUCGCGACGAGGUCGGCGGCGUAUCCCACGGCGAAUUGGGCGGCGGUGUUCUCGUCGACGGUCAUGGCGGACGUCGGGUGGGAUCCGAGCGAGUUCGACCCGAAGGCGGUGUUCGCGAGGCUUCGCCCCGCGCCGGGCGCGGCGCGCGCCGCCGCGAGGGAGAGGCUCACGGCGGAUGCCUCGUUCAAAGAUCUUCAAAGUUUUCAAAGAUCUUCAUCGUACGUCGCCGACGUCGACGACGGGUCUCCGAUUGGAUCGCCCGGGGAAUCGCCGACGACGUCGCCGAGGGCUUCCGGUCGGAACUCGUCCGCCGCGGCCGCGUUCGACCCGCGCGGUCGCGUCGGCGCCUCGAGGGAACCGUCCGCGGCGGACCUCCCCCGUCGGGCCUACUCUACCCGUAUCGGUGAGGACCCGCUCGACCGCGUGUUCGGGAGGUUGAAGAAAACCGUCGCCACCGGCGCGUAUUCGUCCAAGCCGCACCCGGUGUUCGCCGACACGAGCGGCAUGUCCGAGACGUUCCUUAAGCGCACGGAGGAGUGGGCGAAAGCCGCGGAGAAGGAGCGACGGCUGAUUGAAGAUCACGUGGAAUGGAUGUCAAAGUUUCAGGCGAGCCUCGAGGUUGGCGCGGCUAAGUUGCUUCGGCCGAGGAAGAUGUUCAAGCCCGCCCCCCCCAUGCCCGCGUUCGCCCCGACGAUUCCCCCGCCCGGAGACGAGCCGAGGCCGCCUCUGGACGUUCGUCGGGCGGAGCAGCGAGCGGUGGAAGCGAUAAACGCGCUCGACGCCCAAUCCGAGGCGAAGCCGGUCGACAAGCCAAAGGUGGAGGGCGCGAGCGACUGA